GUCGGCGGUGAUGAUAACGCGGAAGAUCACUCGAAAAUGGGAGAAAUUACCUGGGAAAAACACCUUCUGCUGCGAUGGACGGGUAAUGAUGGCUCGGCAAAAAGGAGUAUUUUACCUGACCCUGUUUCUCAUCGUCGGAACCUGCUCUCUGUUCUUCGCCUUUGAGUGUCCGUAUCUGGCAGUCCACCUGUCUCCUGCCAUCCCUGUGUUUGCAGUGUUGCUGUUCGUCUUCGUGAUGGCCAUGCUACUCAGAACCAGCUUCAGUGACCCAGGGGUGCUGCCGCGAGCCCUGCCCGAGGAGGCCAACUUUAUUGAGAUGGAGAUCGAAGCGGCCAAUGGGAAUGUCUUGGCUGGACAGCGGCCUCCCCCCCGCAUUAAGAAUGUGCAAAUUAACAAUCAGAUCGUCAAGCUGAAGUACUGCUACACCUGCAAGAUCUUCAGACCCCCUCGUGCUUCACACUGCAGCAUCUGUGACAACUGUGUGGACCGGUUUGACCAUCAUUGCCCCUGGGUUGGAAACUGCGUAGGAAAGAGGAAUUACCGAUAUUUCUACUUGUUUACACUCUCGCUGUCUCUACUCACCAUCUACAUCUUCGCCUUCGACAUUGUCCAUGUGGUUUUACGUUCUGUGGACUCGGGAUUUGUGAAUACCCUUAAAGAAACUCCAGGAACUGUGUUGGAGGUUUUGGUUUGCUUCUUCACCCUCUGGUCUGUGGUGGGCUUGACUGGCUUUCACACCUAUUUGAUCUCCCUCAAUCAGACCACCAAUGAGGACAUCAAAGGCUCAUGGUCAGGGAAGAACCGCGUGCAGAACCCAUACAGUCACAAGAACAUCAUUAAGAACUGCUGUGAGGUUCUGUGUGGCCCGACUUACCCCAGUGUGCUGGACAGAAGAGGGCUGAUGCUGGAGGACUCGUGUAGCUCCGCCCCCUCCAAUGGUGCGACUACUGUUCCUGUCAAUAAGAGCAGCAAUCCUGCUACACAAACCACAAAAUCCUCGGCUCCCCUGAUCCCCAAUGAACACACUCCUGAUGAAGCCAAGCCCAGCAUCUGUUCAGGCACCCAGAAGAGCUCCAGCUCCCCAAAAGAAGAGAAACCCUCCUCGCCAAUAUCUCCCAACGCCGUCGCCCCUGCGGUCAUUAAAGAGUCCACCCACUAGCUUUAACAGCGUUUUCACAGACCUCUAAAUCUGAAGGACCACACAGAACAGCUGAUUAACUCUGACGCUCAGAGCCGUCCGAACACUCUUACAGAACGGGACGCUUCAUUUGCCUGAAUCCUCCACUUGAACUCAAGAUGAGAAACGGAGGUUAUGUGACUCUACUCUCUGAAUCACAGCAUGAUGAAACUCACGGUGAGGGAAAUAGGGGCACCACAGACUGAAUCGGAUGCGAAUGGGCCGCCCUGAAGCGUAAUGUAGACAUUAUUUCCCUCAGAAGAGCUCAUGAAAUGUUGUUGUUUUUUCUGUAUAGCCUGCCUCCAUUAUUCCUAAGCAUUUGUGUGCCCGGUAAAACCCAUUAUUAGCUUCUGUAGUCAUUUGUGCUGAAUGCCCUUUGGAUUAGACUUUUUUUUGUAUUUUGGACAAAGUGUGAUAGGGAAAAGUGCUUUAGCCAUAAACCGAGGCCUAAAGAAUCUGCUUCAUGAUGAUGGGGCCGUUUGGAUCAGCUUAGUAAAUCAGUCAUAAAUGUGAUUCAAUUCCAUGACAACAGGACGUUAAAACUCCAAACUUGAUUUUUACAAUCAGCAUGGAUGGUGGAAAGUGCGAUGCUUUUCAGUAAGUACAGGUCGAUCUGCAUCAGUAAGAGUGCCUUAUCUAUGCUCUACCAUCAAACUCAAGUCUCCAUAAUGCCCUAAUAAUACUCAUGCAAGUAACACCAUCAUUUUUAUACAGCUCUUAAUGAUCUGCAAAAAAAGCCAUGGAGUUAAUGUACAUAAUGUAAAAUUGAUCGAAAAGCUGUAAAUUCCCUUAAGGAAGUGGAAAACAUGCCUGAUUUGUUGUUAUAGCUAUUAUUUUGAUCUUGAAGUUAGGUUCUUCCUUCAUAGCAAGGUCUUUCCUUUACUGUCUGCCAUCAUUUAGCAUCAUCUGUAUGAAUUUCUAGCCCUACUCAAGGCUAAAUUGUGUGUUUGUGCACCAAUUUAAAGGGAUAGUUCACACAAAAAUGGUGGAACUCUUCCUCCACUUGUUCCAAAACUGUUUCUUUCUUCUGUUGAACACAAAGGAGAAAUACUGGAGAAAGCUUAAAAAAAAAAAAAGCCAUUGCCUGCCAUAGUAAGAACUAAAAAUACUAUGGAGGUCAAUGGCUAUUUUUUUCAACUGUUGUUUGUGUUUCAAUGCUUGGUUUUUUCCAACGUUCAACAAAGUUUAGAAGCAUUUGAGUGUGAGUAAAUGGUGGUGAAAUAUUUGUGUGAACUAUCCCUUUGAGGAAAUUGGUGUUUGUGCACUUAAUCAGAGAAAAACGCUUUGGUUUCCAUCUGAAAAUGAUUGGUCCAGGCAUGGGAAAACCUUUAUUUAAGCAUGCUUCUGCAUUCAAUUGAGAACUCUUUAAAUUGUGCUCCACACCUUAUUUUCACCAUGUUUACUGUAGCAGAACGUGCCCCCAGUGUAUAAGCGAAUGCGUAUUUGUAGUCACAUUUACUAAUUUCACCAUAAUAUGUUGAUGGCCACUUAUAAGGGACUGCACAUCAGGGACUCUUCCAUUUUUACAUGGGUUUCUAAUAACCAGCUAUAUUUGUUUCAGAGACGCAAACACAGGCAGUAUUGUUGUGUGGUUGAUUCAUUCAGAACGGCCAGCUCUUAAACCAGUGCCAUCAUACAGAAGUGUAUAAGCUGGAAUGGUAAGUGACAUUCAUUUAGUUUGAUUGAUUGCUAGUGGCUCCACUGAUGAAGAAUGUGUUAGGAUAAAACUCCAUUAUUGCAGGAAAUGUAGUCCGAAUGCUUCUAUCAGAUCAUGGUUAAUUUCUUGCAAAUGGGAUUUUUUUUUUUUAUUGGGCGAGUACUGUAUGCGGUGAAGUUGAGGUGAUUGAUUGCACUGCGAAUGGACGAUGUUAAUAUUCAUUUGUAGGUUGAAGGUAUUACUGAGUAUAUGGAAAUGUGCUUUAAAUUAGUCAAUGAAUCCCCUUUUUCCAUCAAGAAAUUUGUGUCAUUAUGCAAAUUCCUAAAUGAGGCGCAAGAAAAUUUAAAUCUGUAAUGCCAAGUCAGUGUAAAGUGUAAAUCAGAAUAUUAGCAAGCGAUGGUCUGCUCUAGAUGUUUGGAAACGAUGCACCAUUACGAGUUAUGUUCACUUUGCUUGGUAAUAACACUGUGAUCAUGUAUAUCCUCAUACUCCUCACUUUCUACUUCAUAAAUUUGUGUGUAUAUGUAUGUUCAUUAAAUUAUAAGGUAUUAUUACUAUUGUUUUGUGGUGUAAUGUAUAAAGAAGAGACUACAUUG